AACAUACCAAACUCUAAACUUAAACUGUAUUAGUUUCAAUAUUAAAACUGCAUAAAAUACCAAAAGGUAUAUCUGUUUAGUAUUGCUAUUAUCCUCCGAGAAUUCCUCCACACCCUUGUUAUGCAAAAAUUAUUGCAUUAGAGACAUAUAGUUUAUUGUAACAUUUUUCUUUUCUUUUUUUAUUGUAACAAAAAAAGUAACAAGAAUUAAUCACACUGUCAAUUACCUUCCUCAAAUCCACUCCAUCAUCAUUCCAAUCUGUAAAUCAUCAAACUGUCCUCAUGUUUUUUUUAGGAUUAUUUUUAUGCCUUCUCCCUUCUUCACUACUCUUUCUUCAUCAUCCUAUUGUUUUUUUCUCUUCUCCCAACACAAAAAAUAGAUAUUCAUUUUCAUUAUUCCUAUUAUUAUUCUUAUUGUUAUUCUCUUUUCCUCCACCACCAUCACCACCACCUUGACCUUUAUAUCUUCCUUGAUCCAUGGGGAACUGUUGCUCUAGAGGCACUGAGGCCCCAGAGGAGAAUUCUAAUGCUAAUGCCAAUGCCAAUGGUGGUGUUGACAAGAGGGAAGAUGGAAGGCAAGACCCUGGCAGCAAGCAAGAAGGUGGAGGAGAGGCACAAUCAAGGCCAGCCGCGCCUGCUAAGCCGACGAAACAAGGGCCGGUCGGUCCUGUCCUAGGAAGGCCAAUGGAAGAUGUUAAAUCAACAUAUAGCAUUGGCAAGGAGCUAGGUAGAGGACAAUUUGGUGUGACACAUUUGUGCACUCAUAAGGUCACAGGGAAGCAAUAUGCUUGCAAGACCAUAGCCAAGAGGAAGCUAUCUAACAAGGAGGAUAUCGAGGAUGUUCGCCGAGAGGUUCAGAUCAUGCACCAUCUCACAGGGCAGCCUAACAUUGUGGAGCUCAUUGGUGCCUAUGAGGACAAACAGUCUGUUCACCUUGUCAUGGAGUUGUGCGCCGGAGGCGAGCUCUUUGAUCGGAUCAUUGCUAAGGGGCAUUAUACUGAGCGUGCCGCGGCUUCCUUGUUGAGAACCAUUGUCCAAAUUGUCCAUACUUGCCAUUCAAUGGGAGUUAUUCAUAGAGAUCUUAAGCCUGAGAAUUUCCUUUUGUUGAAUAAGGAUGAGAAUGCGCCCCUUAAGGCCACAGAUUUUGGUCUCUCAGUUUUCUACAAGCAAGGAGAGGUAUUUAAAGACAUUGUUGGCAGUGCAUAUUACAUUGCACCAGAGGUUUUGAAGAGGAAAUAUGGGCCAGAAGUUGAUAUAUGGAGUGUUGGUGUAAUGUUAUACAUUCUUCUAUGUGGUGUUCCUCCAUUUUGGGCAGAAUCCGAAAAUGGGAUAUUCAAUGCCAUUCUAAGAGGCCACCUUGACUUUUCAAGUGAUCCAUGGCCCUCAAUUUCACCAUCAGCAAAAGAUCUUGUAAGAAAAAUGUUGAAUUCUGAUCCCAAACAAAGGAUAACAGCCUACCAAGUUCUCAACCAUCCAUGGAUCAAGGAGGAUGGAGAAGCACCGGAUAAACCACUCGACAACGCUGUCCUGAAUAGGCUCAAACAAUUUAGAGCAAUGAACCAAUUCAAGAAAGUUGCUCUAAGGGUUAUUGCUGGAUGCUUAUCAGAGGAAGAAAUCAUGGGACUGAAGCAGAUGUUCAAGGGGAUGGACACCGACAACAGCGGAACCAUUACAAUUGAAGAACUCAAGCAAGGAAUGGCAAAACAAGGGACUAAGUUGUCAGAACAAGAACUUCAGCAAUUAAUGGAAGCUGCAGAUGCAGAUGGUAAUGGACUAAUAGAUUACGACGAGUUCAUCGCGGCCACAAUGCACAUGAACAGAAUGAACAGAGAAGAACACCUUUAUACAGCAUUCCAAUACUUUGACAAAGAUAACAGCGGGUACAUCACUGUUGAAGAACUAGAACAAGCUCUUAAAGAGUUUAACAUGCAUGACGGAAGAGACAUCUCGGAAAUCAUCCAAGAAGUUGAUUCUGAUAAUGACGGCCGCAUUAACUAUGAUGAGUUUGCAGCAAUGAUGAGUAAGGGACACCCAGAAGCCAUAAUGACCCGGAAAAGGUGUUCGGUAUCUUCGCUGUACUAGCUGGGGGACCCGGGAAAAAUUGUUAAACCAGAAUCACUUGAGCCCUGCAGGUGCUAAAACUGACAUUAGAAAGAUGAAUAUGAUAUAUGAUAUGAUAUAGGUUGAGGAAUGAUGGGUCAAUGUGGAAACAAGCAUAAUAGGUGGGGGUGGGGGGUUUACAACAAACAUUUGAAAAAUGUGAACAUAUGUAUAAUAGGUGAUUUGAUUGGGGGUGGUUUCCUAUUUUUUAUUUGUUUCUUUGUUUCCUCUGAAAAACUGUAACAGUUCUCUGUUGUAUCAAUUUAGGAAUAAAGUUGAAAGUGUGUUUAUUUGUAUAUUAA